AUGCCAUCUUUGACAGAACAGCUAUGGAAAAAUAAAGCUGAAUUGUUCGAGCAGCGUGCCAAUUUCCCUCAUUGCUUAGGAGCAGUUGAUGGGAAACAUAUUAGAAUUAUAAAACCAACAGGGACAGGAAGUCAACAUUUUAAUUACAAACAUUAUUUUUCAAUAGUGCUAUUAGCGGUUGUUGAUGCAAAUUAUAAAUUUUUGUACAUCGAUGUCGGGUCUUAUGGAAAAGACUCAGAUUCAACAAUUUUUAAGAAUUCUACUUUUUGGAAUCUGUUAACAAGAAAUGAAUUGAAUAUCCCUGAAGCAUGA